CCUCUCUCUCAUCCCCUAUAUAACUCCUUUCCAAACCCUUCCUUCCUACCCCAUCUUAUCUCUACCCUAACUCUACCUAUUCCAAGCUCUAUCGCCCACCGAAACUCAAGAACUUCCUGAGUCUCUUAGAUUGCACAGACAUGAACGAAGCUACCUUGGGUGACUUUGGUUUUCCUCAUCUUUGUCACCGAAGUUCCGGAUUUAUUGGUCUCUUCCCUUUCCUUACGGAACAGUGGGGAGACUUGCCGUUCCAUGUUAACGACUCCGAGGACAUGAUCGUCUACAACUCCCUCCGCGAUGCCGUCAGUUUUGGGUGGUCUCCCUUAGAUUUAAAGACGACGAACGUUAAAGCGGAGCCGGAAGAGCUGUCGGAGCUGCCUUCUAUUACGGGAAUUGUAUUGGCUCGAGAAGCUGCAUCGGCCAGGCAGUUGUACGCAAGUUCUUCUUUUAUUGAUCCGAAAAGCGAAAAUCAAUGCGAAAUUGUGACGGAGACGACGAAAAAAUACUUUCAGAAUGCUGACAGGAAAGUGAUAAGAGAGAGGCAUUACAGAGGAGUGAGGCGAAGGCCGUGGGGGAAGUACGCGGCUGAGAUACGUGACCCGGCUAAGAACGGCGCGAGAGUGUGGCUUGGUACGUACGAGACGGCGGAGGAAGCUGCGUUGGCUUAUGAUGUAGCGGCUUAUAGGAUGCGAGGCUCCAAGGCUCUGCUUAAUUUUCCACACCGGAUUGGCUCCGGUGAGCCCGAGCCUGUUAGAAUCACUGCUAAGCGCCGGGAUCCUGAGGCGGCUUUGGAUAGCGGCUCCCCGAAGAAGAGGAAAGGCUUGGCAGCUAACGAAGCCGAGUUAAAAAUAGAGAGAGAAUCGAAUGUGUUCCGGCUGGGAAACAAGAUGGGCCCACUUCCAAUUGCCGAGCAGUUAUUGGUUAGCUGACUCAGGAACAGAAUCAGUCUUCAUGCGCAAAGAAAAAAAAACAAAGAAACCACUGUGAGGUCUUUGUUUGGUCAUCGUGUACAAAGUAAAUUGCAAUGAGUCUUUGUUUAGUCAUCAUGUACAAAGACGAUGGCAAUGACUACGUGAAAAACGAUGCCACUAUAGUAUUUUCAGUGUAAUAUUCCUUCUGUUUAUUGUUAAAUUUGCCUUGUUUGGAAAU